ACCCCAAAUUCCCCCACAGGCAAGGGAACCAAGCGCAAGAGCCCACCGUCCCUUUGCGACAAGUUCGCCCUCAUGGCCAUCAACGUCGCCAAGGCCUCCUCCUUUGUCCGCGCCAAGAUGACUCUCGGCUCACCGCCCGGCAGCACCGCCGGAGAUGCGCCCAUCAAGCCUUCUCCGGUGCCGGCGCAGGAUGGCAACUGCAUUGACCGCCGGGCCGCUGAGUUUAUACGGCAGUUCAAGCAUCGGAUCAGUCGACCCGAUCCCCCACCUCCGCCGUCGCCCUCUAAGAGAUCCAAGGAUCAAAGAUUAGGCAUGUAUCAGCUUCUCGGAAGGGCAAAUAGCGGCAAAGCUGCUGUUUCAGUUAAAAUAAAUCUAGUUUGGAUCAGCUUGUGUGUAUUAAAGUAGUGUUUGAGGAUCUUGUAUAAAUAACUCAAAUACUCGAAGUUGACUUCUAAAUUUGGAUGGUGAACCGUGUUAUAACUUCUGGCGUUGUGUAGGAUAUAUAUAUAUAUAUAUAAUAGCUUGUUUUGGUAUCACUAUUGUCUGUGUAUGAAUUAUAUCAUUAUCAGAUAUUACUGAAUUUUAUUAUUAAUCUCUAUAAGUAUACGGCGGUUGCUUUGCU